AUGCAUCACCCGUAUAGAUUAUCGUGGGUGACUCACGCCUCCCCUCCCUGUCUCAGCGCCCGGCGCCACCACAAUGGCUCAUCAUGCCAAGCUUCUAGAGGUCACACUCUUUCCGCCGAAGACCUCGUCGAGCUCUCCAAGAACAUGAAGACAUACGCUAUCGUUUGGGUCCAACCCGACCGGAAGCUCACCACGGGGGUCGACCAAACCGGCGGAACCAAUCCAGUUUGGAACGACAAGUUCUCGUUCCGAGUCGACGACAAGUUUCUUAUCUCCGAUGACUCCAAGAUUGUUAUCGAGAUUUACGCGGCUGCGUGGGUUAAAGAUGUCAUGGUUGGUUGUGUUAAUGUUAAUAUCAACGAUAUUUUCCAUUUGAGGUCCGUGACCGACGCUAGAGCCGACACCAACUCCGCCACGAGAUCCGUCACACUUCAAAUACGCCGCCCCUCGGGCCGUCCCCAAGGAAUUCUAAACAUUGAGGUUGCACUUGUUGAUAGCACCAUGCGUAGCUUGCCUCUGUUAGAAGAACCUAACCCUAAAACAACCCACAAUAAAGAGAAUCAUGAAGACGAUAAUCAUGGCAGCAUGGUGAACGGUGGUAGCAUGGUGAAUGGUGGCUCUGUCUGUAGCACCGACGUGGGUCCAUCGGCUUCGGUUGUAGCUGCCGCCAUCGCGAAAGGGUUGUAUAAAACGCCGAGAGAGAGAAAAGAGGAAUUAGAGAUGGAGAUAGAGAGAUGGGAGUCGGAAAUUCCACCACCGUCAUCGGCGACGGGAUGCCAUAAAUCGAACGGAGGGAGGAGGGUGAAGGGAAAUACCAAGUUGUUGUCAUGUUUUGGGAUUGAGAUUGCGAUUACAUGUGGAGGUCCUGAAGGGACUGAACCGAAAGGCAGUGGCAAUGGCAACGAUAAUAAAGUCCAUCAUUUAAGCGCUGUGGAUGAUAAUUAUAGCCAAUCUAUUGCUUGA